GGCUAUUGCUCUAUUUAUACAUACAGCUCUUCCAUGAACCUAUAACAUAGUACUUAGGUACAAACUCAUUUGCUUAGGAUAUUGUUUCCCUAAUUGAAAGGAACAUUCAUCACCUUCUCAUCUGUCCAAUAAGAAAAGAAAAUGGAAACUGUAGAAACACUUCACAUGAAUAAAGGAGCUGGCGAAACUAGCUAUGCCAUGAACUCUUUCGUCCAGAGGAAGAUAAUAUCAUUGACAAAUCAAGCAACAAAGAAAGCUAUUGUGGAAAUUCUAUGCUCAACAAAACGAUGGCCAAUAAUGAAGAUGGGAAUUGCUGAUUUAGGUUGUUCAUCAGGACCUAAUGCCCUAAGGGUAAUUUCAGAAAUAGUUGAAGCUAUAAAUGCAACCUCAAGCAUGUUGAAUCGACCAGCACCAAAGGAGCUAAUGUUAUAUAUGAAUGACCUUUUCACCAAUGACUUCAACAACAUUUUUGCUUCUUUGCCAUCUUUCCACAAAAAAUUAAGCCAACAAAAGGGAAAUAAUAAUCAUCAUGAUCACAAUGGUUCUAAUUGUUUUGUUUCUGCUGUACCGGGCACUUUUUAUGGUAGACUCUUCCCAACUAAGUCCCUUCAUUUUGUGCACUCUUCUUCAAGCCUCCAUUGGCUUUCUAAGGCUCCUGGUGGUUUGGAGGAUGAAAGAGGGAAAGGGUUGAACAAAGGAAAACUAUACAUAUCAAAGAGCAGUCCCAAUUGUGUGCUAAAAGCUUAUUCACAACAAUUUAAAAAUGAUUUUUCACAGUUUCUUGAGUCACGUUCUCAAGAAAUGGUGCAUGGGGGACGAAUGGUCCUUUCUUUUAUGGGCAGAGAAUCCAUGGACCCAACAUCACCCAACUGUUGCUAUCAAUGGGAACUUUUAGCACAGGCUCUUAUGACUUUGGUUUUAGAGGGUCUAGUUGAAGAAGAAAAGGUGGACUCAUUUAACGCUCCUUACUAUGCACCAUGUUUUGAAGAAUUGAAAAUGGAGAUUGAAAAAGAAGGUUCAUUCAUGGUGAAUUCCCAUGAAGCUUAUGAAAUUGAUUGGGAUGAUGGCAUAGAAUUGCAAAGUGAUGAUACAAUGAUAAGUGGAGAACGAGUUGCAAAGACCAUAAGGGCUGUGGUUGAGUCCAUGUUGGAAUAUCAUUUUGGGAGUCAUAUAAUGGAUGAAUUGUUUCAAAGGUUUGCCAAAUUUGUGGAGGAUCAUUUGUCAAAAACAAGGACCAAAUACAUCAAUUUGAUCAUUUCUCUUGUCAAGCGACAAUGAAACACAAACACUAUAUGUUUGUUUUUUAAAAUUUGCAGAAUCCAACUUCAAUAAUGUUAAUAAUAUAUAUGUGGCACGUUUUAGUUUAUGCUGCUUCUACGUGUUGUGCACGUAUCUUCUACUAGUACGACUUCAAGUUCAAGAGGUCAUGCAUUAGAAUUUACAUGUGAAUGAAAGAUAAUUGGCGAGGAAUAUCCAAAUGGUCCUUGUAUUGUUUUUAUUUGUUGCCCUUUUCAACUCUUUAACUUUAUUUUAGAUUUUCAAUAGUAUGAAACGAAUGAGUGGGGCUGAAUUUAUUCCCACAUAACUAGACAACAAGUACUUGUUGUUUUCGAAAGAUAUAAGCAUGAUAUCUCCAUUCUAAAUCGAA